AUGGGUUCUCUCCCACCUUUUUCCUCAGACUUCAUCAACCCACAUUCUCUAUCCAAUCCCAAAACAACAACAGCAACCCAAUCUUCUUCUUCCUCAUGCAUUGACGAAACUACCCUCCUCAACCUCUUCAAAUCCCAACAGAGCCACCUCAACUUCUUCUUCCAGCACCUGGACCUAUCCCAAACCCUAUCUUUCACCCGCACCCUCCUCCUCCAGUCCUCCGCUGGCGCCACCGUCUUCUUCUCCGGUGUCGGCAAGUCCGGCUUCGUUGCCCACAAGAUCUCACAGACCCUCGUCUCCCUCGGCAUCCGCUCCGGCUUCCUCUCCCCACUCGACGCCCUCCACGGCGACAUUGGCGCCCUCUCUAAAAGCGACGUCUUGGUCCUCUUCAGCAAGUCCGGUACCACCGAGGAGCUCCUCCGCCUCGUCCCCUGCGCCAAGGCCAAGGGCGCCUUCCUCAUCUCCGUCACCUCCGUCGACGGCAAUGCCCUCGCCGCCGUCUGCGACAUGAACGUGUAUUUACCCUUGGAGAGAGAGCUCUGCCCCUUCGAUUUGGCUCCGGUCACCUCCACCGCCAUUCAGAUGGUCUUCGGCGACACCGUUGCGAUCGCGCUCAUGGGCGCCAAAAAUCUCACCAAGGAACAGUACGCCGCCAAUCACCCCGCCGGUCGGAUCGGCAAGCAUCUCAUCUUCAAGGUGAAAGAUGUGAUGAAGAAAGAAGAUGAGCUUCCGGUUUGCAAGGAAGGAGAUAUGAUAAUGGAGCAGCUGGUGGAGCUGACGAGUAAAGGCUGCGGGUGCCUGCUUGUGAUCGACGACGACCAUCACCUGAUCGGCACAUUCACUGACGGCGAUCUGCGUCGAACUCUGAAGGCGAGCGGGGAAGCCAUCUUCAAGCUCACGGUUGGGGAAAUGUGCAACAGAAACCCUAGAACCAUCGGUCCAGACGCCAUGGCCGUGGACGCCAUGCAGAAGAUGGAAGCUCCUCCGUCCCCGGUCCAGUUCUUGCCCGUCAUCAAUGGCCAGAAUCAAGUGAUUGGGAUUGUCACUCUGCAUGGACUGGUCUCAGCUGGUCUCUGA